AUGCUUUGCAGUAACAAUAACACAGUAGCAGGUGAGUGCAGUGAACCCGACCCAAAACAACAAAAACCCUUCAUCCUUUCCUUUCUCUAUGCCACUGCCGCUAUCUUGUUUAUGUUCAUUUCUCGAACCUCAUCGUCGCUCACACAAAGGUUUAACAAAUAUCUAGCUUCAGCGCUGAAUCAAUUUCGCGGAACAACCGAUAUGGCGACGGAAGGUGCCAAGAGUUUCGUCCGUCGCGAUCGUCUUCGCGAAAUCGAAUCGAAAGUUCAAAAAUGGUGGGAGGAAAAACAAGUUUUCAAAUCUGAACCUGGUGAUAAACCACCAGAAUCAGGUGAAAAAUUCUUUGGAAAUUUCCCUUUUCCUUAUAUGAAUGGUUAUUUACAUCUAGGUCAUGCUUUUUCUCUUUCCAAACUUGAAUUUGCUGCGGCAUUUCAUCGUCUUCGUGGCGCGAAUGUGCUUUUGCCUUUUGCUUUUCAUUGUACUGGUAUGCCGAUUAAAGCUUCGGCUGAUAAACUUGCUAGAGAGAUUCAGCAGUUUGGUAAUCCUCCGGUUUUUCCGAAUGAAGUUGAGGAACAAGAGAAUGUUGCUGCUGCUGUUGUUGAGAGUGGUGGUGGUGGUGAUGGUAAUACUGGUGAGGAAAAUGCUGUUGCUGGGAAGUUUAAAGGGAAGAAAUCGAAAGUUGCUGCCAAAUCGGGUGGACAGAUUUAUCAAUGGGAGAUUAUGAGGAGUGUUGGGAUAACUGAUGCUGAGAUUUCGGAUUUUCAAGAUCCUUAUAAGUGGUUGUCUUAUUUUCCACCGUUGGCUAUUGAGGAUCUUAAGGCUUUUGGUUUAGGUUGUGAUUGGAGGAGGUCGUUUAUUACGACCGAUAAGAAUCCUUAUUUUGAUUCUUUUGUUAGGUGGCAGAUGAGGAAGUUGAAGUCGUCGGGGAAGGUUGUUAAGGAUGUUAGGUAUACAGUUUUUUCGCCUUUGGAUGGACAACCUUGUGCUGAUCAUGAUAGGGCUAGUGGUGAAGGUGUUCAGCCUCAAGAGUAUACACUUAUUAAGAUGGAGGUGGUAUCGCCUUUUCCCGAAAAGUUUAAGGUUUUGGAGGGAAAGAAGGUUUAUCUUGCUGCUGCAACAUUGAGACCUGAGACUAUGUAUGGUCAAACAAAUGCUUGGGUGAAGCCUGAUGGGAACUAUGGUGCCUUUGAAAUCAACGAAACGGAGGUUUUUGUUGUAGCGCAUAGGGCUGCUCUUAACCUUGCUUACCAGAAUCACUCUAGGGUGCCUCAGAAACCAAAUUGUUUGCUCGAGCUUACGGGUCAAGAUUUAAUUGGGCUUCCACUGAAAUCUCCUCUUUCGUUAAAUGAGAUUAUAUAUGCACUUCCUAUGUUGUCUAUUUUGAUGGAUAAAGGUACCGGAGUGGUGACCAGUGUGCCUAGUGAUGCUCCUGAUGACUACAUGGCCUUGCAUGAUUUGAAGUCGAAACCAGCCUUUAGGGAAAAGUUUGGUGUUAGGGAUGAAUGGGUGUUGCCGUUUGAGGUUCUGCCUAUCAUUAAUAUUGAAGGGUUUGGAAAUAAGUGUGCCGAGACAGUUUGCUUGCAGAUGAAAAUCAAAAGUCAGAAUGAGAAAGAAAAGCUUGCAGAAGCCAAGAAACUAACAUAUUUAAGAGGAUUCACUGAUGGAACUAUGAUUGUUGGAGAAUUUUCCGGGAAGAAAGUUCAGGAAGUUAAGCCCUUGAUUAAGAGAAAGCUUUUGGAAGCAGGUCAAGCUAUUAUAUACAGUGAGCCAGAGAAGCGGGUGAUGUCAAGAUCCGGCGAUGAAUGUGUUGUAGCUCUGACGGAUCAGUGGUAUAUUACAUAUGGGGAAUCGGAGUGGAAGAGGUUAACUGAUGAAUGCCUAUCUAACAUGAGCCUGUAUUCUGAUGAGACGCGACAUGGAUUUGAGCAUACUUUAGGCUGGUUGAACCAGUGGGCUUGCUCACGAUCAUUUGGUCUUGGCACACGCAUACCGUGGGAUGAACAGUUUCUAGUCGAGUCUUUAUCGGAUUCCACCAUUUACAUGGCUUAUUACACCAUUGCACACUAUUUGCAGAACGGUGAUAUGUAUGGAACCAGUCAAUCAUCUAUCAAACCUCAACAACUGACUGAUGAUGUCUGGGAUUAUAUUUUCUGUGGUGGGCCUCUACCUAAGUCCACGGACAUCGAAUCAUCCCUUUUAGAAAAAAUGAAGCUUGAGUUUGAGUACUGGUAUCCAUUUGAUCUUAGGGUUUCUGGUAAAGAUCUCAUCCAAAAUCAUCUCACUUUUUGCAUUUACAAUCAUACUGCAAUUUUCCCCGAGCGUCACUGGCCUCGUGGGUUUAGAUGCAAUGGCCACAUAAUGCUCAAUUCUGAAAAAAUGUCCAAGUCCACCGGAAAUUUCAGAACUGUUCGUCAGGCAAUAGAGGAAUUUUCUGCUGACGCUACACGGUUCUCUUUGGCUGAUGCUGGUGAUGGUGUUGACGAUGCCAAUUUUGUCUUUGAGACAGCAAAUGCAGCAAUUCUCAGGCUCACCAAAGAGCUUGCUUGGUAUGAAGAGAAUCUGGCUGCAGAAGCUACUUUGAGAACUGGUCCACCCUCUAUUUAUGCUGAUCGUGUGUUUGCAAAUGAAAUUAACAUUGCUGUCAAAACAACUGAGCAAAAUUACUCCAACUAUAUGUUUCGAGAAGCCCUCAAGUCUGGCUUUUAUGAUCUUCAAGCUGCCAGGGAUGAGUAUAGAUUGUCAUGUGGGGUUGGUGGUCUCAAUCGUGAUUUGGUCUGGCGUUUUAUGGAUGUGCAGACACGUCUGCUAGCACCUAUUUGUCCGCAUUAUGCAGAGUUUAUUUGGAGAGAGCUUUUGAAGAAGGAUGGUUUUGUGGUGAAGGCAGGUUGGCCAACAGCUGAUGCUCCUGACCUUACUCUAAAGAGUGCCAACAAAUAUCUACAGGAUUCUAUUGUUCUGAUAAGGAAGUUGCUUCAGAAGCAACUUUCAGGCUCAAAGAAAGGAAAUAAGAAAGGUGCUCCAGUUGCAUCGCCAAAAGAAAUCAAGUUAACAUGCUUGAUAUAUGUCAAUGAACAAUUUGAUGGUUGGAAAGCUGAGUGCCUCAAUAUUCUCCGGAAUAAUUUUAACAAAGAUACUCAAACUUUUGCUCCGGAUUCCGACAUAAUGGAGGCUUUACAGCAGAGUUCUGUGGGUCAAUCUUCUGAAUUUAAAAGAACUCAAAAGUUAUGCAUGCCUUUCUUGAGGUUUAAGAAGGAUGAAGCAAUUGCACUAGGGCCUCAAGCCCUGGAUUUGAGAUUACCAUUUGGUGAAAUCGAGGUUCUUCAGGAAAACUUGGACUUGAUCAAGAGACAGAUAGGUUCAAAAGAUGUGGAAGAUUUGGAAAUUUUAUCUGCAGCAGAUGCUGAUUCUGUUGCUAGAGCUGGAUCAAAUGCAUCUGUACUAAGAGACAAUCCUCCAUCCCCUGGAAGUCCUACUGCCAUCUUCUUAGCUAAGUAGCUACUGGGAUCUCAACAAAAUGAAGAUGUGAAUCUUUAAGAUAAUGAUUGGAACCACAUCCGGCAAUUUUGUUUCUGUUGGCAGAAAUCCUCUUGUGAGAAUAGGCUGAAGUUUUGUAACACUGUAUCUUCAAGAAGCUAGUGCGUUUACAAUUAUUUACGAUUGUAGUACAGUUGCAUUAGACUGAACAGAUUAAUUUCUUUUGCUUUAUCUUUUGUUUUUAGUAUUGUUUACUGGUAUGUUGUGCUGUCAGAAAAGCUGUUUGAAGUUUUUUUUUUAUUUCGAACAUUGAUUUUUGAAAUUUGAGACUUUUAUAUGAUAAUGUUAAACAACUGAGUUUAGAUGCUA